AUGGGGUCUGCUGCAUAUAAUCCUGAUGGCGAACCAAGUCCCUUAUCAUCCCCAUUGGGCCCCCUCUCAGAAUCUCCGGAGGCUGAUUCUUAUAUCGCACAACUCUCCGGCAACCCCGGCGAUUCGUUAAGAUGCUCAGUGGAAAAUCUUUCAAGUACUGGGUUCGAUCCCCUCCCAAGGUCUCCGCUCCUUGAACAUGAACAUGGACUCGGGCCAUCCGGCUUAGAUCGUAUACGCUCUCAACCAUCCUCGCGGGUCUUUACACUUCCGAACUUGUCUGCCUCUUCAAUAGGCGCUCUUAGCCCGCGAACUUUGUCCCCUUCACCGCGAUCCCUUUCGUCGUCUAGAGCUAACUCGAUGGCUGUUGCACCCGGCCAACAAGAUGUCAAUACGCUGGAAGACCUUCACCGAUUUCCUUCUGAAUCAUUACAUUCUUUUUCGUUUGCCCAGCAAUCCGAAGAGCUCCUUCAUAGUCGCCAGAAUAUCCUGAAAAGAUCCAUAGAUUUCAUGCGCGACCGCUUUGGAUGGGCCUCCAACAGCACCGCAAUUCCUGGUUCUCAGAAUCGUAUACGUGGCGGCGGUGGUGGCACCGACACGCAGGCCAUGGUGGACCUCUUAUCUCAAUCCAGCAUAUCCGGGAAAGGUGACAGUCUAUAUUAUCCCGCCAGCGCCAUGCGAGGACCGUUCACUGGACCCGCAGACGUGGGCACCGACAAUGUAUUCGACAGAACGUUCACGGAACUUCAGCAAUCACCACCAUCUCUGCCAGAAGUGAAGGAGGCUGUACAGGAGCCAAUUCAACCGCGAUUAACUUCCAGCCAGCAGCUGCCUCAUGAGAGAAGGGGAUUGAUAUCCGCCCCUACUUCCAGGCGCGUAAGCUUAAAACCGCAACCCUACUCGGCCGCGGAUCCCUUUUCCCCGCUAAGCACGUCGACAUUUGGAUCAGUUUUCCCGAUCCCCGCUUUGCACACCCAUAGCAGCAAAUGGAAUCCGGUCUCACAAGCCGUCUUCCGGACUGAAUCCAAGGCACCCUGGACCAUCAUAGCGGCGAAUGACCUGUCAUGUCUUGUAUUUGGUGUUACACAAGCUGAAGUCCGCAAGCUAAGUAUCCUAGAGGUUGUACAGGAAGACAGACGGCAGUGGCUCGAGUCAAAGCUGCGGGAUCCCACCACCGAUGCCGCAGCCAAAAUCCGACCGUCGCCCGAUAAACCCCGUAUGAAGCCAGCCGCUACUCCAAGGCCCAUGGGAAUGGGUAGCGGUGUCACCGCGCAACUCCUCAGUAAACCGCCUUCUCGAGCUCGGCCCACGCGAAGAGCUCAGACUGAUGAUGGCUACGGCUCAAGUGCAUAUGCCUCGAGACGACUGAAUCACCCAGCCACUAAGUCGCGCGGUGUUUUGUUGUGUGGUGAUGUAGUGCCGAUCCAGAAGCGCAAUGGUACCAAGGGCUCUGCAAGCAUCUGGGUUAUGGAAAAACGUGGCGGCCUCAUUUGGGUCUUGGAAGAAAUUCAAGAAGAUGUCGCUGUUGUCACAUGUGAUGGGAGCUGGAAAGUUUCCGAUGCCCAUGGUGCUACGGACAAAGUUUGGGGCCAUGGCGUGGUUGAGACCGGGAAAAUUCUGACAGAGCUGCUGCCUCACCUUCCCCCAGAAUGUCUUAUGAGUCCGGUUGAGAAAGGUAUCAGCGAGGUUGCGGAAAUCAAGUACUUCGCAGCCAGCACUUCAGGCGCAGUCGGUGUUCCGACGACAGUCUCCAAGGGCGAUAGCGCACGCUCUCUCCGGAUCUCAAGCUUCCCCCACGUUGCUGGCAUCAUGGUCUUGUCAUCUACAAACCUGAAAAUUAUAAGCUCGAACUCGGUGUUUUCCUCUGCGUUGUUCGGUUAUGAACGCCCAGAGGGGUUAAGCAUCACGGAUCUCAUACCUGGAUUCGACGACUAUCUUUACGUGAUCUCCGAUGAAGAGAACGUUCCUCUGGUAGACGGUGUCGUCAUUCCGGAGCUCAGCUUUCGAAGGGCGAGAACCCUGUCUAUGCUACGGGAUGGCAAGGCUAAUGUGGCGUCGGUAUUCUUGGAACCUGCUGGGAUCACAGCUAAGCAUCGCGAUGGGUCUACGAUCGCGGUAGACGUUCAGCUGCGCGUGGUGAAGAGUGGGUCGAUUUUCCCCAAGCCGCGCGAGAAGAAGUCUGAAUCCCAGAGCGAGACGGAUGAUGGCUCCGAAGAUGCCGUUACAGUCACGGAGCUUGUCUAUGCGCUUUGGGUCACAUAUUCGAGGAGCAUCCACUCCGCCGGACCACCAGGCAACAUUCCUUCGCCGCAACACGCCUCGCCAGUGCAGGAGAGCGCUGCUUCUGAUACGUCGACUCCCAGGCCUCUAACAACCAUCUCAACGCCACGGCCUGCAGGUCCAGACAGAAUAUCAGUGGAAACCAGGAUUCCCGCCUCUACACUGAGUCAACAACUAAGUGAAGCCGCAUCGGAGCCAUUAACGGAUAGGCCUAUCCAGUUGAUGCCCGAAGUGAAACUAGUUAAUGCGAAAGAAGUGCCGAAAAAGCGAACAAUCGCUGAUUAUGUGAUCCUUGAGGAGAUGGGCCAAGGAGCCUAUGGUGAAGUGAAACUGGCUCGUCUGAAGAAGAUUCCAGCAAAGAAAGUUGUCUUGAAGUACGUGACAAAAAAAAGGAUCCUUGUUGAUACGUGGACCCGUGAUCGUCGCCUCGGAACGGUUCCGUUGGAGAUCCACGUUCUGGACUACCUUCGAAGGGACGGGCUGAAGCACCCGAACAUUGUGGAGAUGGAAGGCUUCUUCGAAGAUGAUAUCAACUACUAUAUUGAGAUGUUGCCGCACGGAUUGCCAGGGAUGGAUCUUUUUGACUACAUCGAGUUGAAAACGAACAUGGACGAGCAAGAAUGUCGGAAUAUCUUCAAACAAGUGGUUAGCGCCAUUCAUCACUUGCACACCAAGGCUCUGGUUGUCCACCGGGAUAUCAAAGAUGAGAAUGUGAUUUUGGACGGCGAAGGCAGGAUCAAACUGAUCGAUUUCGGCAGUGCGGCCUAUAUCAAGAAUGGGCCGUUUGAUGUUUUUGUUGGAACGAUUGAUUAUGCCGCUCCAGAAGUCCUACAAGGCAAGUCAUACCGAGGCAAGGAGCAAGAUAUAUGGGCCCUCGGUAUCCUCUUAUAUACGAUUGUAUACAAGGAGAACCCAUUUUACAACAUUGACGAAAUUCUCGACCAUCCGCUCAGGGUUCCGUUUCUCCCAUUCUCGGAAGAGUGCAUCGACCUAAUCAGAAGGAUGCUCGAUCGCGACGUGGAUAACCGCUUGACAAUAGGCGAAGUCUUGGAGCACUCGUGGAUGGUCGACGGCUAA